GGUUCUCUUCCCGUUCGCAAACUCUGAAAUGAAGACGGCUUCUGCUUGCGGUUAGUUCAGUUGAUGAGUGGCAAGUGACCCGAGUCAAGCGACAGAACCUCAACGGAAAUUCCAGUUUUGUAGAGAGCUGAAGAAUGGUGGACAGGUUCUUCUUAUUUUCAUCACCCAUAAUUCGUCAAGACAAUUCGUAUCAAGACCAGUCUCACCGGAUGCUUCUUCUUUCCGGCCCUCCCUCGUCAGGAAAGACAUCUUUGCUUUUCCAGUUUGCUUAUAAUUCACUGUUGGAGAACAACUCUACCAAUGCUAAGGUUGUCUUCAUUUGCAGCCGCCGCAGAAUGGAAAACAAUCCCCCUUAUCUAUCUCAGGGCAUUGACCCAUCAUCUGAUCUAUUUCAACGUGUAGAAAUCAAAUACGUAGAAGAUGAUGAAGGUAUCAAGAAAUACUUCUCUGCAUUUCACCUCCAUGAUAAAUUUCCUUUGUCCGUGGUUGUUGAUGAUUUUGGUGACUUUUUUGGUGAAAGUAACCGUGGAGAAAAAUAUAGCAAUCCCCGAGGAAGAGACCUUGCGAUGGUUCGAGUUCUUGCACUGUGUCAAAGUGCCAUAUCUCAUGCCAAUAAAAUAGGGCCAUGCACACUUCUUUUAUCUGAUACAUGUCAUGGAGACUCCCCAAGACUACUAUUCAUCUACAAAAGAUGGAUAUCGUCCAUUUUUAUGAUUAAAGGUGAUGGCUAUGGAUCAUUUAUUCUUCAUAAAUAUAUUCAUUCAAUAAGUUCCCUAUCAGAGAGGAUACCAACUGCUAGGUUUUCAAUAGCUCUUCAGUAUCUUGUUCUAGAAAGCCUUUGUGAAGAGAAGGAGGAAGAUUAGUUACAAGAUCAAAAGGUAUGAUAUGAUGCAGAACUCUUAUCUUUCCCUUUGAUACCCCUGAAUUAGAUUCAAUGCAAUUGCAAAUCCAUGUAAAACCUGUUUUUAGGAGAAGAAAUUUAACAAGUUUACUUUCAACUUGGCAAGUACUAAUCUUGUUAUGGACCAUAUAUAUAUAUAUAUAUUCCAUAUCCAUAAUUAACUGAGGUUUUAUGUGUGUUUUUUUUUAAAUAGCCCAAUACUUAACUGCUAAUUUAUUGAAUCCUUAUUUCUAAUAUAGAAUUAGAUACAUUAACCAAUUGUGUCAUACAAUCCACCGUGUUUGUGCCACCAAUGUCAACCUGGGCCAGUUGUGCAUUAGUCAUACUUAGGGGUGACCCACCAAAUUAACUGAAGAACCGACCGUAAUGGUUUAGUUCGGCUUUUUAC